CUUUGGUGUCUUCUGAUUGAUUUUAAAAACAUUUUGAGUGGAUACAAAAAGAGCUCAAGAUACAAUCCUCUUUAUUUUUAUUUUCUUGUGGUGCGUUUCAACGAUGGCGAAAUCUCCGGUGGAAGUGAAUUUGAUUCCUAUCGAAGCUACUCCGGAGAACUUCGCAGAGUAUGGUCAAGUCAUUGAAGCCUCUCGUGAUGGUGCUGGUUUCGGUCCCCACGACGCUCAACUAGAUCUCUCUAGAGGAACCCCACGGCUCUAUAUACUUAGGCUGAAAGAAACACCCUUAGGGUUUUUCAAGAUCACACAUCACGCAAAGGUGACACAGUGUCUAGGAUCAAUAGGAGGUGAUGUUUGGUAUAUGGGAGUGGCUAAGCCGUCUCUUAUUGAAGAUGAUGACGAUGAUGGAAGGAGCGUAGAUACAGUAAAAUCAAAGUCUGGUCACUUAUACAUUCCACCUGAGGUGGAAGAGAUUCGCGUCUUCAGGUUCUCGGGACCAAAGUUUGUGAAACUGCACCGUGGUACAUGGCAUGCUGGACCCUUGUUUAGUGGCAGCUCCUUCAUGGAUUUCUACAACUUAGAGCUCAGCAACACAAAUGUGGUGGAUCACACGUCACAUGAUUUCACCAAGAAUAAUGGAGUCAGCUUCGGAUUUGACACAUUGUCUUCCUAGCUCAAUCGUAUCAUUGGUGUGCUUCUGUUUUUCCUUGUGGAUCUAUAUAUGUAAGCCUGUGUAGUGUGUACACUCUACACAAAUUGGUUAUGUGCAAUAAAAUACCGGUUUAAGUU